AUGGACGAGAAUGUAAACAAUCCUGACAUCUUCCCCGCUGGCGCAUCCCCGCAGACUCAAUCCCGUGCCUCGACUCGAUCGCGCAUCCCCCAUCCCGGCCUGCGCGAGAUGAACCCAGCGACCACCAACUCUCGGUCCGGCAUCCUCCCACCGGGCUCAAUCGCCAAUAAAGGCAGUCUGUCUCGUACGGGACCAUCACUCGAAGUUGUGACGAAAGGUAUACUGACCAUGCUCGCAGCUACUCGUCCCAAACCUACAAAUGCCCCCGAACCCAAGAAAUCAGCAUCCGUCUGCCGCCAGCCCGCCGGCGCAACUAAUGCGCGCACUCGUGGCAACUCAUUCGCUUCGUCCACGACCCGAGUCGGCUCGACAACUUCUCGCGCGACCAAUGGCGGCUUUUCCAACACCAUGGGCUACGGCAGUCGCCCAGCGUCCGCCAUGUCUCGCCCCAACUCGUCCCUCAGCGGUCGCAAGACCCCUGGCGCAUCCAUCCAGCGCCCCGCUACCUCACUAGAUACCCACGCUGAAGAUGGUGCCAGUGUUCUUGGAAAACGAAAGGGUAUGCAAUCACUUCCUUCUUCUCCCACCCGAUCUUCUCUCCCCAUUGGAAACCCCAAUGAUCUGCACCGGGCCAUAUCAUGGAAUGAAGCACGCCAGCGGGUGCCCAAAGAAGCCCCUGGUAGAUAUGCAGACCCACUGAAUAGCGCUUUGCCGCGACACCCCCAAGGCCUGGAGGGCAACCCAUCUUUCCCUCAUCCUAAGAAAUUGAACCCCAAAGCAUCUACCCCUGCGAGACCAGUGCGGCAAAGUAGUAUCCCCAUUCUCAACCCAACUAGGCCUCGCAGAACCCCUUCAUAUUUACCCGCUUCAACGCCGGAAAAGCCCCCAGUCCCUCUUUUUCUCAGCGAUAGUCCUACAAGCAAGAUUUUUGACCAAUUUCCAGGUACCGAGUGGAAUCAAGAACGCAAAGAAAGUGACAUGGAACAGAUCAUGAACACAUUAAUGGCCAAAAUGAAUGAGCAAGGUCAGCACAGCUCUGGUCUGAAGGAGACCGUUGAGCUCUACAAAUCAAGAAUCAACGACCUGGAAAACGCUCGCGACAAACUGACCGAUGCCAAUGCGUCUCUCCGCUACGAGACAGAUGCCUUAAAGAACCAGUUGAAUAUCGCAGAGGCUGCAUUGAAGGAUGCUAGACGUGAACAGGAAAUUGCUAUAGACGAUCUCGACCGGCGUCAACGCAUUGAGAUGGAGUCUGCGAGCCAGAAUAGCAGGAAAGAGUUGGAAGUGCUGAAAGCUCGCCAACAAGACGAGCUCGAACAAUUGAGGCGCAAAUUUGAAAGCGAGAUCGAAAAUGAAAAAGCCAUGAGAAUUCGAGAGCUCGGGCAGCUUACUUCGAAGUCUGUGCUGGACACCCAAAAGGCCGAGAUCGAAUUGGAAAGAAAGGAUCGCGAGAUUACCAUGAUGAACAAUCAGCUUGCAUCCCUGAAAGCUGACUUGGACCGUGAGCGAAAGACCACGCAUGAACUACGACAUAACCUUGAUACCGCUGGCAGCAACGGCGUGACAUUAGAAUCCACCAUCCGAGCCCUCAAGGCUCGUAUCGAGUUCCUCGAGGGUGGAAGAGAGGAGCAAUCUCAGGCCUUUGAACGCUGCAACCAGGAGAUGAUGAACGCCCUGGCCGAGACCGAAGCAACCAAGGAAAAGCUUCGCAGGGAGGAGACCAUGCGUCGCAAGCUUCACAACCAAGUUCAGGAAUUGAAAGGAAACAUUCGAGUUUUCUGUCGUGUUCGCCCGUCUCUGAAGAGUGAACCGGCCUCUGAGAUUGCCCCAAUGCAGUACCCCGAUGAGUCUGAAGAAGCCAAGGAGAUCAACGUCAUGGGCCCGGAGGAGAAGAAUAGCCUCGGCAGCGUCAGCCGCAAGAAUAACACCUUCUCUUUCGAUCGAGUGUUCGGCCCCUCGGCCCAGAACACCGAUGUCUUUGACGAGAUCAGCCAGCUCGUUCAGAGCGCAUUGGAUGGCUAUAACGUUUGUAUCUUCUGCUAUGGACAGACUGGUAGUGGUAAAACACAUACCAUGUCCUCCCGAGACGGCAUGAUUCCUCUUGCCGUUCAUCAAAUCUACGAGACUGCCCAGAGUCUGGAAGAGAAGGGAUGGCGGUACAAGAUGACGGGUAACUUCGUCGAGGUUUAUAACGAGAACGUGAACGACCUUCUAGGCAACCCUGAUGAAAUAGACAAGAAGAAGCAUGAGAUUCGUCAUGAUAUGCAGCGCGGUAAGACCAUCAUUACCGACAUCAACACCGUUGAAUUGGACUCUCCGGAGAUGGUCAAAUCUAUUCUCAAGAACGCGGAUGCGAACCGUUCGGUGGCUGCUACCAAGGCGAACGAGCGCUCAUCUCGAUCACACUCCGUUUUUAUCCUCAAGCUGAUCGGCGAGAACCACAUUACCGGCGAACGCAGCGAAGGCACUCUCAACCUGGUUGAUCUGGCUGGAAGUGAACGUCUGAGCCACAGUCAAGCGACUGGCGAGCGCCUCAAGGAGACUCAGAACAUCAACCGUAGUCUCAGCUCCCUUGGAGAUGUGAUUGCCGCUCUGGGUCAGGGCAAGGAGGGAGGCCACAUCCCGUACCGCAACAGCAAGCUCACUUACCUCCUCCAAUUCUCCCUGGGUGGCAAUUCCAAGACCCUGAUGUUCGUCAUGGUCAGCCCACUCCAGGCCCACUUGUCGGAGACCCUGACGAGUCUGAAAUUCGCGACCAAAGUGUCCCUGACACAUAUCGGGACAGCGAAGAAACAGGCGCGCGUUCGCGACUGA